ACUUAGUUUUAAAUUAAUAUGAAUAUAUUUAAUAAUACUGAUCUAAUUGAACUGAAUAUGGAAGACGAAAAUAUUUGCAACGAUGAAAUAAAUUGUGCAAAUAUAUUUGCGGCAGCCGCUUCCAACAAGGAAAACAUAAACAAUGAUGCGCUUCCAUUAAACUGGAAUAAUGGCUCAACAAAUAAUAGUCCGGAUAUAAUGGAAAAUGAUGAUAAACAUGCAAAUAAUAAUGAACAUGCAAAUUAUACAAAUAAUGGCAGUGAUCAUUUAAAUAAUUGUGAGGAUUUAUUUGGUACGGCGUUCCAGACAAGCGUUCCAUUAAAAUCGGAACUGAGCCUGGCAGCCGUGAAAUUGGAAAAACCCCAACUGGAUCUGGAAGCCGUAAAAUUGGAAAAACCCCAACUGGAACUGGAAUCCGUGAAAUCGGAAAAGCUGGACAUAAAUAUUAAGGCUGAUAAUUUAAAUAAUUGUGAAGCUAUCUUUGACAAGGAGAACCUGAAAAGAGAUGCCGUACCCUUAAAUUGGAAUAUUGGCGAUGAUUAUGAAUGUGCCGAUGUCAAACCAAAGCUAAAACUUUGUUGGUCCAUUUGUCAGAGCAAAGAUACUGAGCGCAAUGAUAAUUUAAAUGCUUUGGCGCCAAAAGCGUACAACUAUCAGGAAGUCUAUCAGGACAAAAAGGAGCGAGCGCUGCGACAGCGGGCAGAGGAGGAACGAAAAGCGCGCGAAUUUCAUAGCAGACCGGUGCCAAAUUUUAAGGCAAUGCACAAACAAUUGGAACAAGUGCAGAUCGUGCACAAAAUCACAGUGCCGAUAACGCCGGAAACCGUUAAGCAUUCCAUAGCAUAUAGAGAACGACACAAGCCACAGGAAACAAUGCAAAGCGAGCAAUACUCAAACGAUGUUGCCAGAUUGGCGCGCAAAGCAAAAUUGGAGAUGAGACCUUUUCACUUGCGUGCCGAUCAGCGAGUGCGUGAGCGACGGGAAUACGAUGCAUCGGUUCAGCAAAAUAUGGCACUAAAAAAGAAAGAGAAAGACGAGGAACGCAAGCAACAAGAAUUGGAACAACAAAGAGAACUACGAAAGAGGACGGAAUUUAAAGCACGUCCAAACCCAUUUAAAUAAUUAAUUAAAUAACUAAUAAAUACAAUACAAUAUACAUGCAUAGAUACUUCUACAAUAACACAACAAACAAUAAUUAAUUAACAAGUUUCUCUUAUUUUUUUUUUAUUAUUCAAAUGUUUUAUUUAUCUAUUAGCUAUUUUCAUUUUGUAUUUAUGGAAUUGUAUGAAUAUCAUGUAUUGUAUAAUGUGUGUGUAGAAUCGGAGAAGAGUUAGGAUUUGCCUUUAUACACUCAUUUUAGUUUAUACCCUAUAUAUUAUAUAUUUUGCAAUUUUAACGCGUGCGUAAAUUGUGAUUAAAAUUUAAAUUGGAGCAAGUCGUUCAAUAUUUUUGUAAAUGUUAUUAAUCUUAAGGAGAUCGAAAAAAAAAUUGAAACCAAUUCUAUCAGAACACGAUUUUUCAUUCAUUAAAAUACGGGGUUACGGCAUGAUCAUCUAUAUUUAUACAGAUGUAUUGUUAAAUAGACAAAACAUACAUACAUAUAUAUUAUUAUCAAACCAAUUUUUUUAAUUUUUACAAUAAUAUUGUUCAACUAACAAUAAUAAAUAUAUAUAUUUGAUUUUUAAUGAGAGACCGAUCGAUGGAAUAAAAGGUUUAUAAAGUAUCUUUAACUCUAAGCAAUAAUUAACUGUUUUCUAUUUGUAUAAAGUGAAAUAAAAAAUAAAUUUAUUAUUAAUUUUCA